AUGGGGACUGCUGACAUGUUGCCUGUAUGCCUCAUUCGCAAAAUACUCUGUUAUCUUAGUUAUCGAGAAGCAUCCCGGAUGAGAAUUCUCUCCAAAACAUGGCUACUAGCCUGGUUGGAUCUUCCCAACUUGGAAUUCUCGGGGAAAAGCAUAGCAAUAGUGGAUAAUAUUAUGGAGAGAUAUAGGGACGGAAAUAUUCCUAUUGACAAGUUUGAAUUUGACAACUCUAAAAAGCCUGAUCGUAUUUCUGCUCUGAUUGAUAAAUGGCUCGGCAUUGCUCUUCAAAAUGGCGUAAGACAUCUAGUGUAUAGAGAUGUUACACAUUCAAAAAUAUACCCCUUUCCUAUUUUUAAAUUCUUGGAAGCAAAUUUUUUAGGAGAACUAGUCCUGAUGGGUUGUGAUCUGAUGCAUGUUUCAUUAUCUAAUACUAGUAAUGUGGUGAUCUGUCAUUCUUUGAGAAAGCUUUCUCUAUCUCGUGUACGCUUAGAUAAGAACAUGCUUCAGACUAUACUCACUAGUUGUCCCUUCAUUGUUGAUUUAAUCAUCAGGAAUUGUACUCGGCUGAAAAAUGUUGAGCUCCGGAAUCUUCCUAAGAUCAAGUCACUUGCCAUUGAUAUUGACCAUCCCAUUAAAAUCGAAGCACCAACUCUUGAACACUUGUAUUAUUCUAGUUUUUGUUUGAAUAAAUUGAAUAUUGAUAAAUGUAAGAAUCUGAAAUCUUUAGAGAUAUCAUGUACGAAGAUAUCUGAUAUAUAUCUCAACCGCCUUAUCUUCAGACCUUACUGCCUCGAGAAAUUGGUAUUAGCUAACAUUUCUUUAGGAAGGUUUAACGUUUGCAGGAGUCGAUCCCUAAAGGUCUUAAAGAUUCAUAAUUGCAAGAAAAUCGGAGCAAUUUAUGCUCCAAAUUUGGUUUUGCUGGAGUAUAAAGGACAUGAUAUUCCUCAGCUUAAAUUUGCACAAGAAUCAAGACAAUUGAAGCAGUCACAAAUGAUUCUUUAUCCCUUGUUCAAUGUAGACGCGGCAUGGUUUUGUCAGCUGAGGCAAUCUCUAUCAGAUUCGAUCUCUUGGUCUCAAGUUACCAUUUAUUUUCACAAAUACGAGGAGAUCAACAUGAAUGAUUUGCAGCUGCACUGUAGAGAUGCUAUCCCCAAAGUGGACGUUUUAGAUGCAAAUUUUUUAAGGCCUACUGGAGAGUGCUCGACGUUUGUGGAUGCCUUGCUGUGGAGUUGUCGUCCCAGGAAAUUCAACCUACAAUCAACAAGUGAAAUGUUUACAUGUUUCAUGGAUCGUUUGAUGCAUAUGAAGAAUGAAAGGCAUGGUCAAUUAAAAGAGGUAAAAGUCUACAAAUUUGAUCAGAGAAAUCAGAGUUGGCAUCCUGUAGAACACAAAAGAGGAGAGCUCUCAAUAAGGACCGUUAGCACGUUGGAGAAAUAUUUCUUUUUAUUAGAUUGGUGA